AUGGGAUCUGCACCCGUGUACAGUGAUUCUGGACCUUCUGGGCAUGCAACCAAUCAGUAUGCUUUCCAAAUGUUGCAAUUACUUUGGCCUUUGACCUUGGAUAUUGUUGUUAUUGGUGAGGAGCUCAAGCCCUCACCAGGAAAGCCCACCUCCUCGGAGGACGCUGAGAUUGUCUGGAUAUUUAAGGAUGAAAAGGCACAUGGAAUCAUCCAGGACCACAUCUCUGAUGCCCUCCUAAUGAGAACUGGAGACCUCACCAGCUCCAAGGAGUUAUUUGACAAACUUGUUUCACUCCAUCAGACGUCCAACAUUGCCCCGGCCUUCUAUUCAUUCCAGCAACUCACCAAAUUGUCCUGGGAUGGAACAUCACCUAUCUAG